AUGGCCACCCUCCCGCAACAGUCCUCCGCUGCUCCUCCGAUACCACCGCGACACCCAGGUCGACUUUCGAAGAUGAGCUGUACCUAUAUCCCCGCUCACGAGCUCCUCCCGCCUCCUGUGCCCACGAUUUCGAGGCGACAGACUCAUCGUUGGGAGCAUGCGUCCCUGCUAUUCCACGGCUACGACUGGCACGCAGCCGCCGAAAGCUUCCUCUCCCUAUCGCGCUCCAUCAAGAUUCCACUCGAGAGCAAUCUCACUCUUCUCAAUGCCGCGCUCAUCUACGCACGCUUGGACGAUUUCGAAGCAGCUGCCCAGCUGUUGCUAGAAGCCGAACCGCAGCAACAGACGAGCGCCUUUACCAUGUUCCUUCUGGGCCAUGUCGAGUUCGAGCAGGGCAGUUUCGGGAAGGCCGAGGAGUGUUUCAAGCUCGCUCUGAGCCAACUCCAAGGAGAACCACAGAACUUGGAGAAGUUCGGCAUCGACUACAUUCUCCGUCCUUUGCACAUCAAGGAGACCCUUCGCAUCCUCGAGACCAAAAACAACGUUUUUGGCGUCCUGGGUACCCUGGGAGCCCUGCCCGCGAAUCUCAUCUUCGAAGCGCCGAGUACUUUGACAGGCAGGCUUCGCAGAAGAUCUAAUGAGAGAGAUUUCUUUCUGAGUAAGAGAAGAAGAGCCUCUGUCGGGAGCGACGGAGUUCCCACAUUGACAGACAUGAGUCUCUCAUCAGGUUCUGCCUCUCCCGUCGACAAUUACCUCGAGGAUCUGCAAGACAACCCGUGGUCUCACGUAGACCCCGAAGCGGAGGAUCACGGUGUAUCUAUCCGAGAAUCCGGCCUCCCACUCACGGUGGAGAGCAUCGAUGAUGGCCUAUCGAGGGCGCCACAUCCGCCAUUCUCGAGGGGUCCGCUCCCUGCCAACACUUACCAGCUUCCAGAGAUGAAUGACUGCAAAGCGGCGAAGAGAGUUGUUGAAAGGCCGAAUUCGCAAGAGAGGCCGAGUUCGCAAAAAAGUCAGUCUUCGAGACUUCCGAAACGCCGGAGCAACCUCGUACCUCGCGAUGCCAGGGUCCAAGAUGACACGGUGGGUGCACUCUCCCAGUUCAUUCGCAAGCUGCCGGCGCAGAACGCCAGGGAACCUCGCAAUGCUGAGGCUAAAUCGGAGUCGGUCUGGGAUAUGGCCAGAUUUUUCCAGGACGGCCCGGAGGUCCAGGCUCGGGAUCCCUACUCCGCGGAAGACAGCAGCUCUGCACCGUACAAGGACGAAGAAGUGAGCCACAGCACGGCGCGUAAAGAUCGACUGACCGAUGAGGAUCUGCUGCAGAUGGCCGAGUCUUUGGACAAGCCCACGCCUCGCCCGAACUACCGUCAUCGUAGUGGUGUCGGAGAAAUACUAAUGAGAUCUGGAAGCUACCGAGGGAAUGGCAACGAUGAAGUCCAUAGUACCUCUCGCACAGCAUCCUUCACGUCCAAGUACUCAGUUCCCUGGUCUGUCCGGUCUGUCCGGUCUGUUCGGUCUGUCCGGUCUGUCCGGUCUGAAUCGUCUGUUCCUCCAGACAUCCCGCUCCGAAAUUCUUCCUUGAGGACAACGAAGACUCCUCCCCCUUCGACUCCAAUUGUGACGAGACUCGAUGAGGAUACUCCAAAGCGGCCCGCUUCUACAAGAGCACCUUCGUCUUAUGCUCAGUUCUUUCCUAAGAGAUGGGAGGAGCGACUUCGAAAAUGGUGA